AUGAUGCGAACUGUACUCUCGAGAGUGGCAUUUGGGAAUCGCCAGACCCCGGGGCGCUUGAAAGCUCCUACGAUUCUCACAGCAACUGGCUUUGGUCUUAAGCCUAUUCUACUGGAAGCGUCUGUUGCGGGCAUACGACGAGCUUCUUCUAUUGAAACAGGACACAUUUAUUUAGAGAAGAACGAGGGGUUGAUUUUCAUAAAUAAUAUUUUCCCCCGCAAAUUACAAUGGCUGCUACAGGGACCUCUCAGUGGAAGUCGAUCAUAUGGUCGAUCAUAUGAGAAGGCAUUGAAACGAAUCGAUAGACCACAUCUCGCAGCAUCUGAUCCUUUGCACAUAAUAGAGCGAGUCUUACCGCAAGAGCUAAAUCUUGACAUCAAAGCAGUUGUCCCUCGGUUCGAAGAAGGAGGCGCGUUUGUGAAGUACUCUCAUAAACCUGGUGUCACUGAUAGCGAGAUUGAAGAUGCCAUCAAUAAUUAUUUGGAAAAGAGUCCGAUCAGACCUUGGUUCAAUCCGUUCCAGAAAAUCGAUGUUGCUUGUGUCCAUGGAAGACCUUGGAUAGAGGACCUUUAUCGCAUCCCGAGUCUGAGAGUGAGGGUUGAGUUUCUGCCGUCUGAAGCGGAUACCUCAGCUACCGAAUUGAGCACCGAGGCCCUGUAUUCCCUGCUUCGUAGGUAUGGCAAGUUGCAGGAAAUCGAGCGGCAAGCGUCGGAUUCACGAACCAUGCCGAGAUAUGCCUUGGUGGAAUUUUCUCGACUUAAAUACGCUAUCAUGGCAAGAAAUUGCAUGCACGGAUUCAUUGUGUCUGAAAAGGAAGGCGGGGGGAAGUCUGGAACAAAGCUGAAGAUAAAGUACGAAAGGAAGAUCAAAAUGUCUAUGAUCAAGGACUGGAUCCUCAACCAUCCCCGGAUAGUGAUUCCCGCGCUCGCCGCCAUUGUGGCGGCAAUCACAGUGACAAUCUUUGAUCCAAUUCGCACGUUUUUCAUCGAGAUGAAAAUCAAGGCAACACUUCAGACAGGGGAAAACGGUAUUCUGCAAUGGAUCCGGAAACAGGUCAGCAAAGCGAACAUCAUUUAUUUUGGACACCAGGGGGCCGAUCCGCGCGGCAUUACAGCUAUAUGGGAAGACCGCAAAAGCGAUAUCGCCCAGUUGCAAUCCUGGUUGGAUGAAAACGUUGAGACCUUCAUCGUUGUCCAUGGCCCACGCGGCUCCGGGAAGCGAGAGCUUGUGCUGGACCAGGCCCUCAAGAACCACAAAUAUAAAGUGGUGAUUGAUUGUAAACAAAUACAAGAUGCCCGAGGAGACACUGCAAAGAUCGCAAGAGCGGCAAAUCAAGUUGGGUACCGUCCCGUUUUUUCGUGGAUGAAUAGCAUUAGCAGUCUUAUCGACCUAGCUGCACAGGGCAUGAUCGGAACCAAAGCAGGAUUUUCGGAGACAUUGGACGCACAGCUCAGCAACAUCUGGCAGAACACUGCUACGGCAUUGAAAAGAAUAGCGUUGGAGGGUCGAACAAAGAUGGAUAAGGAUGCGCAUCUUCCCGAUGAAGAAUAUCUUGAGGCGCACCCCGAAAAGCGCCCAGUGGUGGUCAUUGAUCACUUUCUGCAUAAUGCUGCGGAGACCAGUGUAGUGUACGAUAAGAUCACCGAAUGGGCCGCUGGAUUGACAACUGGGAAUAUCGCCCAUGUGAUAUUUCUGACGACGGAUGUCUCCUUCGCCAAACCACUCAGCAAGGCCUUACCAAAUCAAGUUUUCCGAACGAUCUCCUUGGGCGACUGCUCGCUUGAAGUUGGAAGAAGGUAUGUUCUGAACCAUUUGGCCUAUGAGGCGAGAAAUGAAGGCAGAGAGCCAAAGCGUGCCGAAGAAUUGGAGGACCUGGGCGCUUGCAUCCAAGUUUUGGGAGGCCGGGUGACGGAUCUCGAGUUCAUGGCCCAUCGAAUUGAAGCGGGAGAAACUCCUUGGGGUGCCGUGAAUCGCAUCAUCGAACAAUCGGCCUCUGAGAUCAUGAAGAUGUUCAUCUUGGGUACUGACUCCGUGAUUCCACACUGGACUCGCGAACAAGUCUGGCAUUUAAUCAAAUCUCUCGCCAACACUGAAGAUGGGAUUCUGCCGUAUAAUCAAGUUCUCCUUUCUGACCUAUUCAAGACGAAUGGCGAGGCUACCCUUCGGGCCCUCGAACAGGCUGAACUUAUCUCGAUCGGCGCUGUCAAUGGGUUCCCUCACACGGUCAAACCUGGUAAGCCAGUAUAUCACGCUGUCUUCAAGAGAUUGGCCGAGAACAAGGCUUUGACCAGCCGACUCGACCUUGCAAUCUUGUCGCAGCUGAUUAACAAUGAGAACAAGAAUAUCGGCAAGUUUGAGGAGGAGCUUCAGAUACUCGGAUCUUUACCCAAGCAGCCAUGGGAGAUUAGACCAAGAAUCCACUGGCUAUUGCAAAAGGUGCACAAAUCACAGAACAAAAUCGACCGAUGCGAGCAGGAGAGUGCAAUGUUACAGAAGAUCUUGCGGAGAAUCAAUCCAAAUUUUAUCUGGCCAACUCUUGUUGCUAUCCUUGUUGUUGUCUGCGUCGUCACGCGCAUCACCACCGGCUUCCAAAGUCGCCGUGGUAAGAUAGACACCGAGGGACCGCGAGAUGUAAAAAUGAUUCCAUACUGGGUACCCCGGCUGGGAAAUAGUAUAUCCUUUGCUUGGGACCAUUUGAGUCUGCUUGAAAGAGCUAGGGAAUCUAUGAAGGAGCCUGUCUUUGGCAUCAGCCUGGAUGGAAAGAAGUACAACGUGGUUCUGGCACCUUCGAUGGGAAAAUCGGUGCUUUCUUUCCGUGGCACAUCCAGUACAGCUCUAAUCAAUUAUGUCUUGGAGAAAGUCUUUGGUGACCGGGGCCCAAUUCGCAACUUGAGCCCUGAUGACCACCAUGUCCUUCAUCACAACGAUGCCAACCUUUUCAUGAGAGAGCCAUUUCUUGCAGACUCUUCUGCCAAGGCCGUUCGUAUCAUUGAACGGGAGGCUACCAAUCUUGUAACAUUUUCCCAGAGUAUCGUUGAUCAGACUCAAUGGGAGCGUGGCAGCCAGGUCACUGUGGGCGAUGAACGCGACCAGUCCUUUUGCGAGGCAAAUCUUUUUGCUCUUGUAAGAGGAUUUGUAGGAAACGUCACUACAAAUGUUCUCAUGGGCCAAGCACUCCUUGAAGCCUUUCCUUAUCUGCUUGAGGAUGUUUGGAGCCUCGAUAACCAAUUCACCAGGAUGUCGAUGGGGGUGCCACGCUGGCUUUUACCGGGAUUGUCACCCGCACAUAUGGCACGUGAUCGACUUCUCCAUAUCCUUGCGGUUUUUCACGAGGCCUUUGGAGCAUGGGAAGAUGGCGUUGACCCGGGUGUCAAGUUUCGUGACCUCGACGAUGUCUCAGAGCCCAUUAAGCAACGUAUUCGCACAUCCAGAAAGCUAGGAUUGUCGCCCAAUUCCAGUGCGCCUGGGCAUUUGUCAUUGCUCUGGGGUAUGAAUGGCAACACCCCAAACGUUGUUUUUUGGAACCUUCUUCACAUAUACGCAGACCCCAUGCUGUUGAAGGAUAUCCGGGAAGAAAUAAAGCCAUACGCGAAGGUCUCCAGGGCUACCCGUGAGGAAACUGGCUUCCCAUUCCAGGAACCCCCCAAACUUUCUCUUGAUUUGGAAGGUUUGCUCAAAUCCUGUCCCUUACUCAAGGCUAGCCUUUACGAGACUCUGCGUUUGGAUUCAGCCGGAUUUUCAUUUAGACAGCUCACAUCUGAUCUAACCAUUACCGAGUCUGCUGAAGAUGCUGAGCUUGAUGGUCAAGCAAAGCCUCGGACAUACCAACUUCGGAAGGGUGAGAAUGUCGUCAUUCCAUAUGGCGUUCACCACGCCGAUACUCGGUAUUUCUCAAACCCAGGCCAAUAUGAUCCACUGAGGUUUAUUCUCACGGACAAUGAAACCGAGGCAAAAAGAGCAGACACACAGACUAUUAAGCCUUUUGGUGGUGGCAUGUCUGGCUGCAAAGGACAUAUCUUUGCGGAGAGACAGUCUUUGGCCUUGAUUGCUGCAAUCCUUUCUGUGUGGGACAUUCAGCCAUCGCAUGGAAAGGAAUUCAAGACCCCGGGCAAGAAAGCUUCGAGUGGUGCAUUUUUGCCCAAGAAAGACAUCAGGGUGAAUCAAUCGUGCCGUUAA